GCUGUAUGCUGCCUGUAGUCCGGGUACCGGGGGCAAGUCACUUCCUCGUCCUGCGGAGAGGAUAAAGCAGUGACGUACUGUUGGUCGCUACACCGCUGCAGAGGGAAACCUGUCCGCCGACCGGGACAAACGUCGAGACCACAUCUCGCGAACAAACAUCAUAUACUUAAAAGUGGGCGGCCCGUAAUACUCACGCGCGCAGAAUCCUAAAAUGUUUUGCCGUAAGCCACGAGGAUAGGCUGGCGGUUCAACGCGGCGCUCUACCGGGGGAUCGCGCGGAUUUGACAGACUCCUCCCGUUACCGGCUUCCUCACUGUGUGGUGCAUCCGCGGCGAUGUCCUUGGUAAGAAGCGACGAGGAGCAGCGAUGGGUGCCAACGCACGUGCAGGUAACCGUGCUGCGGGCCCGAGGGCUCCGCGCGAAGGGCAAACACGGUACCAGCGACGUUUACACCAUCAUCCAGCUGGGCAAAGAGAAAUACUCCACGUGCGUGAUGGAGAAGACCACGGACCCGGAAUGGGGUGAAGAGUGCUCGUUUGAGCUGCAGCCGGGCAUACUGGAGGAGGGAGGGCGAGAUGCGUACCCGCCCGGUAGUGGAGACCUGACCCUCACCGUUAUGCACCGAGCUCUCAUAGGACUGGAUGUCUUCCUUGGCCAAGCUGUUAUACAACUGGAUAAAGCCUUCCAGGAACGGAUAUGCAAGAAAAAUCAGUGGUACCGGCUGCAUUCUAAAACCGGCAAGAAGGAGAAGGAACGUGGCGAGCUUCAGUUGAACGUGCAGUUCACCCGACACAAUUUAACGGCCAGUAUGUAUGACCUGUCCAUGAAGGACAAACCUCUUUCUGCUUUUGACAAGCUCAGAGAACGCAUACGGGUUAAGAAGCGGUCCAACGAAGAAGAUUCUUCUUCGGCCAUCGUCGCUGGGGGAUACGGAUCGCUGGUACGGGUGCGGGGGCGGUUGCCGAGCGAUGGGGGCGGCGAGGAAGACUAUGAGGACGAUGAAGGUGGGGAGGCCCGGAGGAGUAAGAUGAGAAGUUUUUUCCUACGUGGGAGGUUGAGGAAGUCCUCAGACACGCGAUCCAGCACAUCACUGGGCUCCGAGAGCAGCGAAUCUUCAUCGCGGGGUGGCAGCCUCAGCCCGACAGCAGGCAUCAGUGUUGUGGUCUCAGAUCUGUCCAAUUCUCCAAGUAAUAGCAGUAACCUGACUGCAGACAGUCCAGAUCACACAGUGGCUCCCUCACCGCAGGUUUCUCCUGUCAGACAUGUGUAUACUAAUGAGAUGUGUGACUUCAGCCUACCAGUGCCUCAUUCUAUGUCGUCCGAAAAAGACACCCUGAUUCUGCUUCCUUCAGUGUGUCUUAACGGGAAUCCAGUGGAAACGUCCCCUCUUACUCAUCACCCACCAUCCAUCAUACUACAGCAACCUAAACUAGAGUCAACCAAACCAGAAACUCAAGCGAUUGAGCUGCCAACUCAGCCCAAGAAAACCCAACCGACAGGGCCGAAAUCCCAAACUAGUACUGAGAUCAAGCUUUCCAAAACUACGUCAAUGCCAAGGCCUGAGCCCCAGCUUUCAUCUCUAGGGCUGAUUCAGAAGGGCUCUGCCCUUUCCCGUUCCUUGCAAAACCUCUCCCCCCGCGGUGAAGAAAGGCAGAACGUCGGUCCCGCUGAUGGACGCCGCUGGUCUUUCGAUAAACCCGGAGAGGAGGAGAAAGCCGCCAUCGUAGCAGCAUUAGAGUAUGCUGGGAGAGUUACAGAUGAGUCUGUGAUGGAAACCGUAAAACCUGUUGGAGAGAGAGACACUCAAAGUAAAAAGAGGAGGGGCCUGUUCUCACAUGGGAAAGGUGAGUCUCCUGGGAAAGGACCAAUCAGAAACAAAGAGGAAGCAGAACAUGCUCAACAACUUGUCGAAGGCAAACACAAAGGAUGGUUCAGCUCCAAGGACGCGCACAGUAAACCCAGCUCGAUCCACUUUCAGUCCGAGUCGACGUCAUCCUGGUUUGAUGGUAAUCUUACCCCUGAUUUGCUAAGGAUUGACAUAAAAGGACACUCAGGGAUAUCCAAAGAAGAUGUCCCGAUUGAUCCUUUUAUUUCUAACUUGGAGACACAGACGGAUGCGGAUGACUUUGGAAUGUUUGCUGAGGACAGACUGAAGUCUUCAGAGAAGGUCAAUGAAACAGAGAAUUUUGUUACAACCCCUACUGUCCUUAUGAAACUUAAUAAUCAAGAGCCCUCAGGUGAUUCGGAUAGUUUAACUAUGUUGAAUACUAAUGAUCUGACCUAUUUAGAAAAAAGUGCUUCAGCAGGUACUUCAACUGGAGAGAUGUCUAAGGAAACUCCUGCUCACGCACCUCAAGUUUCAGGAAGUGAAGGUAAAUCUAACUCUAACAUACCUGAUCUCACCAGUCCUGAGGUGUUUGGCUUCCCAGAAUUUUCUCCCAAUGUAUCCGAAAUCUCUUUACCUGAAAAUUCCAGUUUGGAGUUUUCCGAACUCAAUGCACUUGCACGCCCUUAUCCUGUGCUGCCACGUGUCUCCCAGAAUGCUCAUACGGCCACUGAAGACCAUCCUGAAAUUUGCCUGACCUCUCAAAAUGCUCAAUCAUCUGUCAUACAACCUUCAUUAGCAGAAGCUGAAUUUUUUUCGACUAAACUAAUCACCAGUGAGUUGUCAGAAGAUGCUCGUGUGACUCCUGAAGUAUCAAAAGAUAUUGAGUUUGCUAAAGAUAUGAAAUCUGUGGAGGAUCCUGUGCCAUGCUGUACAGACGUCAGCUCUGGUGACACCGAGGAGCCAUCCAAAGUGACAUCUGAUUCCACAAGCAGAGAAUUAGACCACCAGCCUAUUGAUCCUUGUCAGUCUCCAAAGAGCGACAUUAUUCCAAAUAAUAUAAACCAUUCGAAUGAAGGGUUUUUGGAAUCGAAUGCCUCACUUAUUGACUUCACUGAGCCUUCAGGAAUCCACAUUUCAUCAGCACUUAGUUCCCCAAUGUCAGCAGCUUUGCUAGUACCAAUGAAGAAUGAAGAUAAUUCAGGUGCAGUUACGAACACAAAGAGUCAAAAUGAAUCAAAAUAUGGCCUUCCGAAAAUUGAAGAAAAUGAAAUCCUUGUUCUGGGGAAUGUAAAUGAUAUCCCUUCCUCCCCAGCACUUUCAAAAGCAGUAUUUGAUCAAAUAAAUGUGGAUGGACAGGAAGCCUGUGUAUUUCCAAACAGUCCAUCCAAGGACGUUCUAAAUGACGACGUACUUUCUAACAUUAAUGGAGGACAGGAAGUUAAACAGUCUAAUGGGCAGGCCAUCCCUGAAGGACAUUUUAAUCCCAACAUUGGAGUUAAAUUGGAGACCAGUGAAGAUUUAUUUAUUCCAGACUCUGAAAGCGUGCUCUUUCACACCAUGUACAAAAGUGCUGAUUCUGAACAGUACCUCACUUGCGUAUCUCAGCGGGAUUCAAUAUCCCCCUCCCUAGAGCUUACUCAGGAUGCAAUGCCGGAGCGUGAUCAAUCUGGGGAAGACGCUUCCCAAUUUGGUUCUUUGCCAAACCAUAUCGCAGUCCCAGAUAUCAUGCCUAAGAAUGACACCUCUAUAAAUGAUCGUGAGCCAAAUCAGGUUAUAGUGGAACAUUUAAAACCUCAGAAAGCCUUGCCGAAAAAUGGAGAUGUUCUGCUGAAUAACUGCGACCCUUCAGUGGACAUUCCUCAGUAUGCCUCACCAAAAGAUACGAUGCCAAAAAUGGAUAUCUCACAGGAUCUGAUAGCAGAACUUGAAGCGCAGCUCGCACCGUUAAAAACUGAAACAUGUCUUGUAGAUAACUGUGAAACUUCUCCAUUUGAACUAAAUACUUUCCACAGUGAGCGAUCAGCUAGGCGUGAAUCAGAGGUAAAGUUGCAUUUCAUAGAUUUGACCGAUCCGAAUGUUUGUGUAUCAAAUAGUGCAUCCGAGCAAACAUCUAGCAUCACUCAGGACCUGGUUAUAACAGAUUUACAUCUGCAGAACAUUUUUGUUCCCCAGCACAUCACACGCCCCGAAUCUGCAGAGACACGCAAUGGCCUUGAAUCGCACAUUAAACCAGCAGAGAGUCUAAAUAAAAUGCAUGUAACGCCAGCUGUGACACCUGAUUUAUUCUCUGUUAACUGGCCUCCUUUAUCUCAGCAACAUCCAUCUGACCCUCAGACAUUGGCUACAACAGAUAAUCAUAGCCCUUACUUUCCACCAUCUGUGUUUGACCUUUCACCUGUAGCUUCCUCAACACCGCAAGUAGCGGUAGGCAGUAAUGCGUGGCCCGAGCAAUUUCCCUUUCCCAUAAUUCCCCCCACCGCAGAGGAGUUAUGGCCAGAUCCAGCAUUUACUGCUUCAAAUAAUCCUUUUCUCCCGGAGAAAACUCAGACGAUCAAUCAUCAGAGCAGUCCACACCCGGUGAAGCCAUUGACACCCCCUGAUGACAAAAAAUCUGAGGGUCGCUCAGUACUGGACAAGCUUAAAUCCACCAUCCACUCAGGACGAAGCCAUCAUUCGGACCAAGAAGCUGACAAGAAGCUGCUAGUGGAGGGAGGUGGGUCAUACUAUCAUCUAAAUCACAGCGAGCUGGUCAAUUUAUUGAUCCAGAGAGAUACUGAGCUCAAGCGGGAGAAAGAGGAGUUUGAGAGGCGAGGGGCGUUGCUGGAGAAGCGCGAGAUGGAGCUCAAGAAGAUGAAAGCCGUCAUCAGAGAUCUAGAGGACUACAUCGACACACUGCUUGUACGCAUAAUGGAGCAGACGCCUAUGCUGCUGCAAGUCCGCUCCAGGAUGAAAUGAUAAAAGAUACGCUCCGCAAAUCCUGGGUGGACGUCACAACCCUGCACUGCUACAGCAACCAUAUUAAUUUAGAGUUACAGCUGGUGUUAGUUGAUGGUUAGUUUUGGCAGGUAUGCGUUGAUGGUUAAAGAUUGGCACUCUCUUCUGCCGUACUUGUUAGCUGAUAAACACUUUGUACCAACAACAAAUCAUUUAGACACAUCACAGUCCAGCUAUGUACCAAAAUCACCUGUCGGUCUAAAAGAAAGAAGUCUUCCAAAGUGAGAGCGAUUGGUUAGAGAUGCACGAAGAAAAAACAUUGACUUAUCUUCUGUUUUUCCAUCACAUUUUGACGUGUUAUGCUCAGCUGGUUGAUGAAAGAAAGAAAGAUCUUUAAAGCAAGCAAAUAGAGCAGAAUCAGCCAGUUUCGAAUCUGCUUGUGCCUCCCUAAAUGUCUUCCGCACUUUACUUAAGAGCUUAGGAGCCGAAGCUCACACUAACUGACCUUCUAGCUCCAGUUUUGUGGGUCAGUGUCCUUCCUUGCCCAUGUCCUUGCUCGAGCCAAUGCACGCACAUCGCUGCCAGUGCUUUCAGGUGUGAUGAAUGGGACAUAUACUGUAUUCAUUGCAUAUAUGCCCUUUGGACAAAUGCCAAACGCUGCCUUAUCAUACAGUAUUUCCUCUAUUCUGUUGUCGCUGAAGUCAUCACUUUAAUUAGAUUGCACAUCAUAUUACAAUACAAAGGCGAUGAAGCGUUUAAAGUAUAACUUUGCCAAGACUGUUAAGUAUAGAAAAGAACAAAUUGCGAGUCUGUAAUAGUAAAAGAGAGAAUGAUAACCGAUGCUCUAAGUUAAUGUUACAGUAUUCUCAAUACAGCAUUGGCUCUGGCCAGUCAAUGUCUCUGUAAUGAUAUUCUGAUGUUGCCACUAUCAGUGUUGCCACUGUCUGUGUACAAUGUAGCACUAUUAUGUGUAGAUACUGUAUGUGAUAGAGGCAUAUGUCACAGCACUUUUACAGUUGUUCUUUCUCAUCCGCUUAGAAAGUACACAGUGGAAAACACAUGCACAGAAUAAUAAUCCUCUAAACACAGUGUUCAUGUGCUACUGAAUCUCUGAUAGUCCCUGCUAGGAAACUCAACAUUUAUCAAUGAUAUAUAUCUGUGAUGAGAAGCACUUAAAGUGUGUUCUGCCACCCGUGCAACCUUCAGUUUGUCUCACAGACUACUGAGCGAUUUGUACGUUUAUGAAUGUUCGUUUAUUAACGCUUAACUUAAAAGUUUACAAAAGAGUAUGUUGUUUUAAUGCAAAUAUUUAUUGCUUUGUUUGUUUUAAAUAUAUAGUUUGUUUCUGAAGUUUUGUUCAUUGUUUGCUUGUUUUCUUUAAAUGCAACCUUUGUUGUUAUGCUGGUUGUGUACAUAACAUUUUGUUAUUUAGCCCAGGUUUCUAUUUCUAAAGGUCAGUAGUAACAAAGCAAUAGAUGUGAAGGCCAGGUUUUGCAGAAUUUUAGAGAUUAAUAGUUUUCUAGGUUUAAACUGAUGGGGUGUGAUACGUUUGUGUAGGUUACUACUGUGUUUAAUGCCAGUUUAUACAAAUGCUCAUACACACACAGCCUGCAGCCUAGUGAGGAGGUAUGUUCAAGUGUCCUUGGCUGAAUGUUAUCAAGGAAUGUGUCUAUAAGAAUGAGUGUAGAAGAAUAUUUGUAUGCUUUUAAUGGUGAAAUUGAUAAUCAAAGCUACAUUUUAUGUAGUACAAACUCUGGAACUUCCAAAUAAAAACUUGUGUUUACUAUA